AUGCACCUGCACCCCUGCGACCGACCGCCGAUUGCCCGCCCCGCUUCUGGCGUCCCUCCCCUCGGGCAGGCCGCCGCCGCUGGCGGCCGCAAGCGCCGCAACGCGGCGGGCGACGGCGAGGGCGACGACGGCGACGAGUUCUUCCGCGCUGCCAAGGCGGCGCGCGCGGCGGCCAAGGCGGACCGGCGCGCGCGCCACGAGGUGCCGGCGCUGGCGCCGCCGCUGCCUGACGAGAGCCGGGAGGGGCAGCGGCCGAUCAGCUACGCCAUUCAGAAGAACAGGGGCCUCACGCCACAUAGCACCGCGCCUACGCCCGCGGGUGCGGGCGGUUUGGCGCUGGCGGCGCUUGCGCGCAUCCGCACGGGGGCCUGGCGGAAGGACCUCAAGAACCCGCGCAAGAAGCACCGCAUCAAAUUCGCCGCCGCACAGGUGCGGCGCAAGGGCCAGGUCCAGGGUGUGCGCGAGGCCCCCGGGGCCGGGUACUCUGGGGAGGCCACCGGCGUCAAGGCAAACGUGGCCAAGAGCCGCAGGCUGGGAUGA